UUCGCCGUUGCAGCCGAUAGGACAAGACAAUGAAUAACGGUAGAUCAUGACAGUUUUUAAAGACGCUCAUAUCAUCAUUUAUUUGUCGAAAUCUGGCAGUGAUAGAAAAAAACACGCCUUCUUAGGUAACUAAGCGAAGAUGAAAAAGUGAAGGGGUUACCAGAGUGGAAGUGACCGCCAAACACAAUGACAGAAGGACUGGAGGUGCACCAGAAGGAGUCUCCUAGAUCUGCGCCCUCAAACGGCCAGUCCACCUUGGUGCGACGGAGCAGCCCCGACGCCCGCCAGAGCCACAAGACCUGGAGCUGGGCGUCCUCCCUGCGCUCCGUGGACUCUGCGCUGGACGCGGAGAGGGUCUCCGACUCAGAGGAAAGGGAUGGGCAGGAAGGGGCAGCGUCGGGGGAGCCCGUCGCUCCCUGCGAUGGCGAGGAGCCCGAGAGGCUGCGGCAGAGCGGAGCGGAGGCGCCCGACGGAGGCUGGGGCUGGGUGGUGGUGGCCUCCACCAUCCUGGUGCUGGCGCUCACCCUGGCCUUCCCCUCCUGCAUGGGCAUCUUCUACACAGACCUGCAGACUGAGUUCAACACCACCAACACCGAGACCUCCUGGGUCCCUGCCAUCAUGACUGCUGUGCUGCACGGUGGAGCAGGAAAAGAGAUAAGUCAUGUCUCCGUUUGCUGCGCUCACAAUGACACUGGAUGGCAGCAGGGAAUCAGAGAUAAGAUGAAAGCGCUCUUGUGUGUCAGGGCUCCAUAUCAGUCCAUUUACUGCUGUUUGACAGGAGGACACUCCAAACCUGACCCAUGCUGCUCGUUGGUGUGUUUUGCCGGCCCGCUGUGCAGUGUCCUGGUGGAGUUGUUUGGGUGUCGCCCGGUGGUCAUGCUCGGCGGGGUCCUCAGUGGCCUGGGCAUGAUGACCAGUUCCUUCGCCCGGUCCAUCACAGCACUGUACCUAACAGCCGGCAUCCUCACAGGUUUGGGAUUCUGCUUCUCCUUCCAGCCGGCCAUAACGAUGAUAGGGCACUACUUUGUGCGGCGGCGCGCGUUCGCCAACGCCCUGUCGUCCACGGGCACGGCCCUGGGCCUCUGCGUCCUGCCGCUCCUGGCCAACUUCCUGCGGGGCUACUACGGCUGGCGCGGCAGCUUCCUGAUCUUCGGCGGGAUCCUGCUCAACUGCUGCGUGUGCGGCGCCGUGCUCCGACCCCUGCAGGCCAGCGCCCGGCGCGGUAGCCGGGGGCAACAGAGGAGGAUGCUGCCGGAGGAGGACCACGCCAACGGCGGGCCGCGGCAGGGGAAGCCGGAGGGUCUCAAAGUGCGCCUGCGGGCCACGCUGUCCAGCCUCAUGGCGUUCCUGCACAGGCACAUGGGCUUCGACCUGCUGCGGAGCAACCCUCGCUACCGGGCGUUCUCGCUGAGCGUGUCCUGGAUGAUGCUGGGCUUCACCGUGCCGCUGGUCUACCUGGUGCCCUACGCCACCUCGCACGGCAUCAGCCAGGACCGCGCCGCCCUGCUCAUGUCCAUCCUGGGCCUGGUCAACAUCUUCGUGCGGCCCGUGGUGGCGCUGGUCUUCGGGCUGCCGCGAUUCCGCGGGAGCCCCUACUUUGUGUACAUGUUCGGGGCGGCCAUCUUGCUGAACGGCCUGAGCAACAGCGUGUGCGGCAUGGCGGCCACCUUCCCCGUGCUGCUGGCGUUCGUGGUGCUGUUCGGCCUCUCCAUGAGCUUCAUCGGCUCGCUGCUGGUGACCGUGCUCAUGGACACCGUGGACAUGCGGCGCUUCCACUCGGCCCUGGGCCUCAUCUGCUGCAUGGAGAGCGUCACCGUACUGAUGGGCCCGCCACUCGCAGGUCUGCUGAUGGACAGGACUGGCCAUUACACGUACAUCUUCUACGCCUGCAGCGUGAACGUGGCCUCGGCCGGCCUGUUCCUCAUGGCCUCCUUCUACUACCUGGACCGGCAGCGGAACCGGGAAGCCCGGAGCUGCACCCCGCCCGCCCAGGAUCACCCGCUGAGACCCGUCAUCUCCCUCUCCACCUCCGACGUGGCCUACAGCCAAGUGCCCUUAAAGACAGAGCAGGCCGAGGAGCCCGCUGAUGUGAACGUCUCAGAUGUUUGAACAGUGUCAAUGGUCAUACACUAUGUCUUUUUAAACAGAACAUCUCCUGUUGCAUUUUUUUUUUUAAAUAUUUUUUCUUUUUGCUUUUUUUAUUUCAUGAGCUUUCUCCAGAGCAGAAAGACACAUGCAGUAGAACUGACUGAAAAUGACCUGUUCAUGGUCCACUUUGUUUUCCCUGUCCAGUCUGUCAUCGUUUCUUCCUCUAUGACUCCACAGUUUUUCAUGGUGUUUUGUCUUUUGAGAUGCAGAAGGGGGCACACUUCCCUUCGUAGUUUCACGGACUGUUGAAAUGUUUCAUGCUGUACAAUGUGAAAAUGCAUUUUCAACCAGAUCACUAGACUACUAUAACUUUACUACACUGUAAUAGAAUUGAUCAGGAAAUGGCUUCUUGCUGUGUUUUUACAAUUCUGGUAAAUAGUAAAUGUAGAAUUUGUUCAGGCCUGUGAUUUAUUGAGCUUUUGUUAUUGACAACCAUAAAUAAUAAUAAUUAAAAACAACGGCAAAAACAUUUUUAUUCGAUUUCAACAGCCAAACAUUCAUUUUAAUGAAUCAAAGUAUACAUAAUCAUAUCACAAUCACUGGCCAGUUUCAGUAAUAUGAAUAGAGUGCACCAUUAGCAUGACGCUCUAACAUGUUUACAGUGAUGUUUCUGGGCACAAAGACUUUGCAUGUUGUGGAAAUUGAAACAAGAUAAGUUCUCCCUUUAGAGGACUUCAAGAACUGUGUUGCUGAGGGACACCAAAUAUUUUGUAUUGUCUACAAAAAGUGUUAUUUCCUUAAUUUUAUCAGAUAUGUACACAGUUGAUUAAAUGUAUGUGGAUAAUGUUUUCUAUGCGAUUUGGAAUAGCAACCUAUUUGAUAGACUUACUCUUAUUAUAAAAAAUAAAUAAAUACAAAAUAUC